GCACAACCGCUGCCCCGGACCAGGAACCGACCUGGUUAAUGGUCAAACCCUGACUAUACCCAACCACAACCACAACACGCACCAUAAUCUGAUGGAAAGGGUCCACAGCCUCGACAUCCCCAUGGGGUCCACGCCUGAGCCCUGGUGUGAUAACAGACUGUCUGCAUUGGUCUACCCUGUCCCUGAUGACGACUACAACGUCCCCUACAACUCCCCAGCAGCCAACCUCUCCAGCCAGCGCACGUUAGACCUGGCCACAAGGGGAAAUAAGGAAGUAGAGAGUGAGAGAGAAAGAGAGCGAGAACACUCAGGGGGAAGUGGAGAGACUCUGACUCACUCAGAGGCUCGCUCUGCUGCCAUCACUGACUGCCCUCGAUCCUCAUCCUGCACAGAAGACAGACUACACACAGGUGCUGAAUCUGCCUUCCACCUCUGCUCCCAGAGUAAGAGGCCGGGCCUGAGGAGGCAGGGCCGCGUGGAGCAGCUCCCCCCAGAAAAGCUUCACGACCCCUGGGUUAGGAUCUCCGACAGCGCCCCUGAUCUUGGAGGUCCUGAAGACCCCCAUCAGAACCAGAGUCUGACUCAUCCGAGCACACACCGUCACAACACACACUCCCACAGUAGCACACACCAACAACAAACACACCAUCUCAGCUCACACCACGACGCCACACACACUCCAUCCCAAACCGACAGACAACCCAACGACACACACUCCCCAGUCGCCAUGAGCCAACCGAGUGAGUUUCCUGAGCUUCCUGAGCUUAACUGUACUUCCACCCACCACACUGCCCCAGACCCCACCACCCCCUCCACCCCUGCCUCCCAAAUCUCCACCCCUAGCCCAAGGACUGAGGACCCCCCAGGGAUGAGGAAGGGCCCCCCAGUUGCCCCCAAGCCUGUGUGGAACCGUCAGAGCCUCAGGAGUAUUAGGAAUGGGAGGCCCCAGGCUGAGCUGGCCAAACCCCUGGACAUCAGAGGCGGUGGAACCACCUUCGGGGUACGUCUGCGACCCACCUCCUCUGCAGCCCAGCUGUCAAUCAAGCAGAAGAUCCAUUCAUUUGAGACCUUCUCUAGUCCUGAGGGUAAGGGUGAGGAGACAGAGGGCAACAACAGGAGGCCCCUAGCCCCCUCCACUUCCCUCCCUCUGAAGGACAAGGCACCCGUCAGGAGUGACCCCCCUCUCUUAGAGGAGAAUGGCACAAUUCAACAUGACAUGGGCAAAGGAGCCAAAGUGACCUCUCCAAUCCCUGACGAGGAAAAGUACAGGAGGAUGUCCUCUGUUCCCCCUGCAGCCUCUCCUCACUCCAUCCUUCCGCCUUCUCCUGCCUCCCACCCUUCUCCUCCUACCUGCUUUUCUCUUCUUCCGACCCCCCUCCUUGCCUCGGAGCUCCAGACCCCAGUGGAAGAGACAACAGGCCCCAAUGCAGAGAUCUCUGACUCGCCAUCCCCCGAGGACAUCACCACCACCCCAUCCACCCUAGAGGCACCUCUCCCCGAGGCCGAACCAGAAACAGAGCCCCUGGAUGGGGCUGUAGAGGCCUCCAUCUCCCCCUCCGGCCCGGUGCCCAGGAGGUCCAGCAGCUCCAAGGGAGAGAGCUUUGGUCCACUACAACCACCAGAGGAGGGGGAGGGAGACCAGAGCCAUGCCCAGGCUCAGGGCAAGCAGGCCAGCCUGCGGACACGUAGCCUGCCCCUGCCUGCCUCUCCCUCCCCGGAUGGGUCAACAACUCUAAGAGGACUGGAGGGAGAGAGCCUGGGGAAGAUACUUUCCUUCAGUAACCAGGUUUCCCAUGCCCUGAUGCGUUCCAUGCACUCCCUGCUCCCCUCCCCCUGUCCUACUAGGCCAGGUAACCCCGGGUCAGACCCACACCCUGCAUCCUCUCUAGUCUGCAGCCCGGAGGAGCCCGACCCGGCCCAGAACACCCCCCUCUCCCCUGGCCCCGACAGCAAUGAGAAUAGCUUCUCUGUCAGCCUAUCUGAUCUGAGGCAGUGUACCAUUGAGCGGGGGGAGGAGGGAGGGGACCUGGUCUCACGCCCAUCUCCGUCAGCAUGUGCCCACUCUGUUAUCUCAGCCAUCCCUCCACAGGAAAUACAGACCAUGAUCCAGGAAGUGAAAGCUCUGGAUGAGGAAACACUGAAGCAAUUUGAGCACAUCCAAGUGGUGAUUCUGCACAAGGAGGAAGGAGCAGGUCUGGGUUUCAGCAUUGCAGGUGGGAUAGACCUGGAGAGCAAGGCCACCACAGUACAUCGUGUUUUCCCCCACGGCCUGGCGGCUCAAGAGGGGACCGUGGAGAAGGGUGACGAGGUGCUGUCCAUCAAUGGCCAGACACUAAGGGGUGCGACACACGCUGACGCCACCGCCACGCUGCGCCAGGCCCGCACCAUGAGACUGGCCGUGGUGGUGGUGAGCAAGGGGAGAGAGGGAGGAGGAGGUGGGAACAAGACUGAUGAUUCCUCUGUCAGCAGUAGCAGUACAGACCUCAACCCCACAGUGGAGGAUGGGGGAGCCAUGCUGACUGUGGAGCUGGAGACAGGAGGAGGGGGUGUGGGCUUCAGUUUGGAUGGAGGGAAAGGCUCUAUCCAUGGAGACAGGCCUCUGGUCAUCAACAGGAUAUUUAAAGGUGGUGCUGCGGAGCAGAGCGGGUUGCAGUCUGGUGAUGAGCUGCUGCAGGUCCAGAGCACCUCCCUCCAGGAGCUGAGCCGCUUCGAGGCCUGGAACAUCGUCAAGGCUCUGCCUGAGGGGCAUAUCACUCUAGUCAUCAGGAGGAGGAAGGAGGAUGAGGCAGAAGGGUCUGCCUGAGGGACAUCUCACUGUAGUUAACAGGAGGAGGAAGGAGGAGGAUACUGAGGAGUUACCCUUAGACACUGAUUUCAGGUUAGUUUACACUGUUUAUACUUAAUUGAUUUCCAGAUACAAUAGGUCCCUGACUACCUACGGAGGUAGUCAGAAAGAUCUGAUCACAAUUACACUUCUUUAAAAAUGUGGGCACAAUCAGAGUGUGGACAAGAUCAGGACAAAGGACUCAUGUUAGCACCAGCUAUAAACGGGGCUAUUGAUUCUCAAGAUUUGGCCACGUAUUGAUUGUGGCCACUUUUGUAGACAGGAGUCCGCAAUUAAAAUACCUAUUGUGAUUGGAUUGUGAUCAGAUCUUCCUGAUCACCACCGGAGGUAGUCAGGCACACAUGUUGUCUGGAUAUCUUCCAAGUGUAGACGGAUGUGGACAGGGAAACCAUUUAAAUCAUCAUUAUCCCUCUAAAAUCUUUGACAGGUGGCGCCAUCGUCUUAUGGCAUCAAUAUGAGUCUUUAAAUAAAGAAAAUACAUAUUAUUUUGAAAGAAUAUCUGUCGAAUAAUUUGCAUACAGGGAGGGACCAGUAAAUUUUGGUCACAAUGCGGACACAGUGGACAGAUAAGAGACACAUUUUAAUACAAUGUGUAGAUGCAACGGCAAAAAUGUGGCCGCUAUCAUAAUGUGGACAACGGCCUCGAUUCAAUCCGUAUCGCUGAAGUUUAGCGUUAUAGCGUGAUUGAAAAUGAAAGGUAAUUUCCGAUUGAACCGACUUAUGAAUUUACCGUGAAUGCAGUCUCCGCAAACACAGGAACAUUGCCUUUAUAUUUCAAUCACGCUGAAGUGCUACGGAUUGAAUAGAGCCCGAGAUCAGAGUUAGCAUCAGGUAUAAACAGGGCCAACUAGAACACAAAUCAACCACAAGCCAUCAUACCAUUUCAUAUGAGCACUAUUAACAUACUGUAGUUAUGAAUAUAAUAUCUAUAUUCUAUAUCAAAUCAUAUUGCAAUGACAAUCAGGGACUGUUACUGUAGAGAGAGGUGAGUUUACAGGUGCUUUGCUCUGACUGCCUUCCUACACCCAGAACUUCUAGACCAGGGACCACAUUGAGUUUGAGAUUUGCACAGAUAUACAGUAUUUACAUGAAGGGAGAGACAUUCCAUUGCUUUUGACUGUUAGAAAUAGUGUACAAUACUGUAAUGUAGUCCAAAAGAGUAUGAUACUCAUACAAAAUAUUUAAAAUGGGAUUUGCAUUUUUCAUGGAAUUGUAGUAUUGUGCUUGAUGUUGGAAUCAUUAUUUAGACCAAAGACUAUGAGUUGGAUUCAAUCCAUAUCGCGGAAGAUCAGCAUCAAAAGGUAAAGUUAAUUUCCAUGAAUGCAGUCUCCGCGAACGCGGGAACAUUGCCUUUAAUUGUCAAUCGCCCUAUAAAGCGGAUCUUCAGAGCUACGGAUUUAAUAGAGUCCUUAGUUCGUUUAUUAGAUGACAAUGGGAAAAUCUCAAUUGCAUACUGCUCGUGUCCUCUCUUCUUCUCAAAACCCAUUGGAUGAGAAAGCCAGAGGUCCCGCCCCUCUGACCUUCUCCUCCAAUUGGUUUUGAGGAGGCCAGGCGAGACGCGUAUCUAAUUGAGAUUCUCCCUAUGGGUGAAACCAAAGACAACUAAACCAGAGCAACCUUUCACCUUGUUUUCUCUCCUAGUUUGAUAUUAAGGAAAACACAGGGUGUGAACAUUUUGUACCAAAAUCUAUUAGAAUAUAGAUAUUUAAAACUCUGUAUAUCGGUACUAAAGCUUUAUCACAAUAUACAUUAUACUAAUAAAAUAAUUGAACCCAA